UAUCAGCAGUACCCUGAUGGAUGUGGACAGCACCAUCUCCAGCGGUCGCUCCACCCCGGCCAUGAUGAUUGGUCACGGGAUCUCUGCCUCCUCCACCAAGAACCUCAACUACAACUGCUGCUGGGACCAGUGCCAGACCUGCUUCUCCUCCAGCCCCGACCUCGCCGAGCAUAUCCGCAACAUCCACGUGGACGGGCAGCGCGGGGGGGUCUUCGUCUGCUUCUGGAAGGGCUGUAAGGUGUAUAACACCCCGUCCACCAGUCAGAGCUGGUUACAGCGCCACAUGCUGACCCACAGCGGGGACAAACCCUUCAAGUGUGUCGUCGGAGGCUGUACUGCCAGUUUCGCGUCUCAGGGAGGCCUCGCCCGCCAUGUGCCCACGCACUUCAGUCAGCAGAACUCGUCUAAGGUCUCCGGGCACCACAAGUCCAAGGAGGAGUCUCCAUCCAAGGCCUGUCUGAACCGGCGCCGCAAGAUGAAGAACAAGCGCAAGCGCUCCCUACUUGCGGCGCUGGGAUCGUCUCCUUAUUCCUCCGCCCCCGUACAGAUGAAAGCUCGGCCCCACGACUUCUUCGAUGCGCAGACUCUGGACGCCAUUCGCCACCGCGCCAUAUGCUUCAACCUCUCCGCCCAGAUCGACUCCCUGGGGAACGGGCACAGCGUGGUAUUCCACAGCACGGUGAUGGCGAAGAGGAAGGAGGAUUCUGGGAAGAUAAAGCUCCUGCUGCACUGGACUCCGGAGGACAUCCUUCCUGACAUCUGGGUGAACGAGAACGAGCGGCAUCAGCUGAAGACCAAGGUCGUCCAUCUGUCCCAGCUCCCCAAGGACACGGCGCUGCUCCUGGACCCCAACAUCUACAGAGAUUCUAGUAAGCGGAUUGGUUCCGGCGGACCCCCCCUGGACCCCUUCUCCUAAGGACCGCCUCCGAGCGUCACUCAGAAGCGGUAUACGAGAAGAUGGCGGCGCCGGAGAGAGAGCGGAUUGCCCUAGAUGCUUGAUGUCCGCCGCCGCUUCUCCCCCAUUAGACGCUUCCCGUGCAUGGCGACUGCUGUGUCUUGUUUGCUGUAGUUUGUGCCGCCGCGUCAUGUGAUUCCGCCGCGUCAUGUGAUUCCGCCGCGUCAUGUGAUUCCGCCCCGUGUCCCAGACAUGAGUGAGAGACCCCACCUCCUCGUUAAUAGAAAACUGCGCCAAAGUAAAAAGAAAGGAGCUGCGGAUGAAGCCCCGCCCCCAUCAGCCCCGCCCUGUACAUACUGCAGAUUUGUAAUAUAUUUUUGUAUCAUGGAGUUUACUGUAGAGUUUCGUUUUUUUAGAAGUUCCCUGUAAAUAGCGCGAUAGCCGCCGGUCACCGUAUCCGCCGCGCCAAUCACCAGGAGCCAGAACAUGAAGCACUUCUGCCCCCGCUGGCCGCCCCGGGUAUUACACCGCAUCUCCUGUGGAUUCGGGCGCAGAACGAGGAAACGGCGAAUAUUUUAUUUUCCUUUUUGUUUUUUAAUAAAAUAUUAGAAAUGAGAA